UUAACUCAGAGAGGCCUGAAGCUGGUUAAACUGGGUCAACUCUGGACCUGGUCUAAUGUGGACCUGGUUUGUCCAGCGUACAAAAAAAAAACCUGACCCAGAGUUUUCAAGUGUUUUCCUCCUCGACCGGAAGAUGAUAAAAGACGACCUUUGCUCCUUUUCUGCAAACUGAAGCGGAUCACCUGCUCUGUGUCUGGAGUUUAAACUGCCAUCAGCUGAACCAGAACCAGUCUGAGCAGAGGCCGGACCGAAGCUGAGCAUCUGAAGAAACAGGUUCCAGUCUGGUCCAGUCAUGCAGUCUCUGACAGAGGAGAUCCAGAGUUUCCCUCGCACACGGCUCAGGAAGCAAUGCACCCGUGUGACAUCACUGAGCGGCCGCCGCAUCAUCGAGACCUGGAAGGGCUCCACGAUCACCGUGGUUGAAGACCCCGUGCCCCCUGAGACGAUGCUGGGAUACGUCCCCGACACUUCCUGGGACGUGCAGGUUGGCAUCGUCAAGCCCUUCCUGCUGCUGGGUUCCCAAGAUGCUGCCCAUGACUUUAGCACUCUGAGAAAACACAAGGUGUCUCACAUCCUGAACGUGGCCUUCGGGGUGGAGAACGUGUUUCCUGAUCUCUUCAUCUAUCGGACCGUCAGCAUCAUGGAUCAUCCAGACGCUGAUAUUCUGCUCCACAUGAAGGACUGCUGUGACUUCAUCCAGCAGGCUCGCAAUGAAAAAGGCGUGGUGUUGGUCCACUGCAAUGCCGGUGUUUCGCGGGCUCCUGCGGUGGUCAUUGGCUGCCUGAUGUCAUGUGAGGGCCUGUCCUUUGACGCUGCUCUGUCAUUGGUCAAAUCAGCUCGUCCCGCCUCCUCGCCAAACCCAGGCUUCCUGGAACAGCUGAGGAAAUACAAAACACCGAUGGUGAACGGAUCCAAACACUGAAGGAGGGAAAAGGAAACGUUCAGAAUGAAUCGGCAGUUUAAGAACUUAGUGAUCUUAAUGAGACUACAAGAUUUUAGUGUUAGAAUAUUUCAGAUAUUUUUUAUAGUGUAG